UGUUAUCCGGCAAAGCCGUGGGGUAUGCUCUCGCGUCCUCUGGCAUUCGGCUGCAGGGAUGGCGGGCUGGGCUAAGGGCAAGAGCGUCCUGGCGCCUGGUUUGCUGCAGGGCCAAGUGGCCAUCGUCACCGGGGGGGCCACGGGCAUCGGAAAGGCCAUCACGAAAGAGCUCUUAGAACUGGGGAGUAAUGUGGUCAUUGCAUCCCGUAAAUUUGAGAGACUGAAAUCUGUGGCAGAUGAACUGAAGGCCAGCCUACCUCCCACAAGCCAGGCGCAAGUCAUUCCCAUACAAUGCAACAUCCGGAAAGAAGAGGAGGUGAAUAAUUUGGUCAAAUCUACCUUAGAUAUUUAUGGUAAGAUCAAUUUCUUGGUAAACAAUGGAGGAGGCCAGUUUCUUUCCCCUGCUGAACACAUCAGUUCUAAGGGAUGGAAUGCUGUGGUUGAGACCAACCUGACAGGAACCUUCUACAUGUGCAAAGCAGGCAAGUACCAUCAGUAUCCACAAGCCAACAUAUUUUUAUUUAGAGAUCUCAGAAUCCUGUUAGAGAUUCAGAAGCCCCAUGUCAUUAACAUUUAUUGCCUAGAUUUCCUCACUUACAACAUAGGAAUGCACUCUGGAGCUGCAAGAGAAGGUGUUUACAACCUCACCAAAUCUUUAGCUUUGGAAUGGGCCUGCAGUGGAGUAAGGAUCAAUUGUGUUGCCCCUGGAGUUAUUUAUUCCCCCACUGCUAUGGCGAACUAUGGUUCUUUGGGGCAAAACUUAUAUGAAAGUUAUUUUCAGAAAAUCCCCGCUAAACGAAUUGGUGUUCCUGAGGAGAUCUCCUCUCUGGUCUGCUUCCUACUGUCUCCCGCAGCUUCCUUCAUCACUGGACAGUCGGUGGAUGUGGAUGGAGGCCAGUGUCUCUAUUCUCAUUCGUUUGAGUUACCAGAUCAUGACAACUGGCCCGAGGGAGCAGGGGACGUUUCUGUUGUUAAAAAGAUGAAGGAGUCUUUUAAGCAGAAAGCUAAGAUCUGAGCUGAGGAAACAAGGCGUCCUUCAUCCCCCAGUGCCUUCUCAUCUUGAGGAUGUGCUUCCGUACAUUUUAAAAGCUUAUAGUUAGUAUGGAAAACAUCUUUCUGAUUUUUAAAUGUUACUAAUUAUAUCUAUGGAAAAACUAUUCCUGAAAUAUAUAUAUUUUUAUGUCCCAAUCAAAAUCUUUUAACCUGUGAUCUUAAAAUGUUUAAAUAACAGACAUUAACAUAUCUUAAUGAUUUUACUUUUUAUUCUAAGAAAAGUAUUUGAAAAAUGGAAUAAUUUUAAAUCAAUAAUAAUUCUAGGGAUCAUGAACUCCCAGAAGAUUUUAUUUAAUUAUAAAGAUAGAGGCCAGGUGUGGUGGUUCACACCUGUAAUCUCAGCAUUUUGGGAAACUGAGGUGGGUGGAUCACCUGAGGUCAGGAGUUGAAGACCAGCCUGGCCAACAUGGUGAAACCCCAUUUCUACUAAAAACAAAAACAAAAACAAAAAUUAGGUGAGUGUGCUGGCACAUACUUGUAGUCCCAGCUACUUGGGAGGCUGAGGCAGGAGGAUCACUUGAACCCAGGAGGCAGAGGUGGCAGUGAGCCGAGAUUGCACCACUGUACUCCAGCCUGGACGGCAGAGUGAGACUCCAUCUCAAAAACAAUCAAAACAAAAACAAAAACAAACAAACAAAAUAAUAAUGGUAGAAAAUAAAUCUUAAUUGUGGCAUAAUUAUGAUUAUUACAAUUAGAAUUAUACAGUAACUUGUUUUUGGUGGCAAAUACUUUUGGAACAAUAAAGCCUUAUGGUAAUUAUUGAUGUGUAGUUUGUUUUGUUCAUGUAGUCAAAUUUGUAUAAAUUCUCUUAAUUCAAA